AUGUCGGCGACAACACCCAACCAGCUCUUCCUGCUUGCCGACCACCUCAAACUCUCACUGCUCGAACGACAACGCGCCAUAUCCCUCAACCUCCAACCAACCAAACAAGACGCCUCAAUAACACCAUCUCUCACCCAACUGCAAGCCGGCAUCGACAGACUCGCAGCACAACAGGACGACCUUGGCACAGCCAACCAUUCCACCUCAGAACUGUCGCGAAUACGGAAACAAUAUGCCGAACUCUACGCGCAAUUCCACGGCACAACGCCUCCCUCAGUCUCGACAACACACCCCAACGACCCCGCCCCAGAACAAGACUUCGCGCACGCACGUUCCCACCCCACCAAAUCCCCACGCAACAAAACCGUCCGCUUCCGCGACAACCCCAACGACGAAGACGACGACGACUCCGCAAACCGCGCCGCCCUAUGCCAAGAUCAGCAACGAUAUCGCGACGAGCCGGAAGCGCCGGAUCAGAGUAAUCUCGAUAAUGUCCAGAUCCAUGCCUACCACACGCAAGUUCUGCGCGAACAGGACGAGCAGCUGGAAACACUAGGACAGAGCAUAGGGAGGCAGCGAGUGCUCGGUGAGCAGAUGGGUAUGGAGAUUGAUGAUCAGAAUGCGCUGCUGGAUGAUGUGGAGAGGGGCGUGGAUAGGCAUAGUAAUACGCUGGGCGGAGCGCAGAAGAGGUUGGGACAUAUUAGUCGGAAGGCGAAGGAUAAUUGGAAUUGGAUUACGAUUACGACUUUGAUUGUUAUAUUGCUGUUGUUGAUUAUUGUGUUGAAGUAG